GAUGUGAAACUAAAGAAGAGCCUUGAAGGAUAAGGCAUUCAGCUAAGCUUUUGAAGGGAAAGAUUUCAGGCCACACAACUUGAGCAGAGGAAGGAUGGAAGCGGCGAUGGCGGCCUCCACCGGCGAACUGUUCACCGUGUCGAAACGUGUUCCCUCCAACGCAGGCAAAAGUUCAGUGCUGCUACCCCACCAGAGGCGAUGGCAGCAGCACACGUUCACUGCAGCGGCGGCGGCGGCGUUUGCAGGCUCUCGUCGUCGCGUCGCCGGCCACCACACGAUGAUCCAGCACCAGCAGGGCUCCAGGACAGAGGUGGGCGCGGCGCGGCGGAGGAGGGCGGACAUCCGGUCGGAGACGUACGUGCUGAUGGAGCCCGGCGAGGAGGAGGAGUUCGUGUCCAAGGAGGAGCUGGAGGACAGGCUCAGGGCUUGGCUGGAGAGGUGGCCCGGCGGCGAGCUGCCGCCGGACCUCGCGAGGUUCGACACCGUCGACGACGCCGUGUCCUACCUCGUCAGGUCCGUCUGCGAGCUGGAGAUCGACGGCGAGGUCGGCUCCGUGCAGUGGUACCAGGUUCAGCUGGAAUGAAUAGCCAUGCGUCGUGGAAUGCACAACGCGCAGUACUACUGUUACACAUAGUCGUUACAUGUGCGUAAUCGCCGCUUUCCCUAUUCCAAGAUGUUUUCGA